AUGACCGUUGGCGGGGCUCUAGAGGCAGUCGCAAAAGAAGUUCGCUCGCUCAGCCAGGCGUUGCUGCAGGCGGAGCGGAAUCCGGAGCUGUUCCCGCCACAUGUUAGGCGGCUGCGCACCAUAGCUGCGGAGGUUAGACAAGACAGGGCCAAGAGGGGUUUUAACCAAGAUUCGCUAAAUCCGGAUUCGCUGCCCCUGGAGCGUGCUGGGAGGGUUGUGUACGGCCUGUACGACUCCCGGAGUCCGCACCUCUUUUUUCUGGCGUCCAGGCAGCCCGCUGGACUGGACGUACACCGCCUGUUCCUCACUGCACUCAAGCAACGCGGGAACCCGCUGCUGGAUUACCUAGCGAGAACCGACUUCAGCCUACUGGGCGUGUACCCUAUCGAAUCGAUCGCUGCGCCAGGAGUGCCAUUCGCAGCAAUGCUCAGGCUGACCGGGGUACUGCGCGGCCCCGGCCACGCCAGCUGCAAGGAACUUUCUGUGGUCACUCAGGACGGGCCAGCACGGCACAUCAGGUUCAGGCUCAAGCCCAUCAAGCACGACUUCGGAAAGGUGCUCUGCAUGGCCGACGCCAAAACGCUUCGGAAAACGGCUGACGAGGUGCUGCGACUCGAAGGAGCAUCAAACACCAGUAAGGUGCCGCUGCUCGAAUGGGAAGAGAAACGGACCGGCGCGGCGAGCCAGACCCAACAGAAGUCCAAAGCGUUCUGGACGGUGUUCAGCAAGCGCUUCAAGGCGUCAAUGCCGAUCAUGAGCGCAGUAGACACCGUGCACGUGCUCAGGGCCUUCCACGAAUCAAACAAGGACACGGGCGUGUACGUCGUUGCGGCGCCGCUACUCAGGCACCGCACGCAGGAGCUUGACAAGAAGGGACUAGUGGAUGCCCUGCACAUCCUGUCGAGGAGGAUCAAACACAACACCCAGCAGCAGCUCUUUCGCGCUAUGGCCGACCACGUCCCCAACGUUCUGUGGCAAAUGUCAGCAGCAGACGUGGUAGCGACGCUCUGGCACCUCAGCCGCGCUGGCCUCGCCGAUAGGGACCUCGCAGCCUACAUGCAGCCGAAAUUCUGCGACACGGACCACACUCUGGACGAUAUAGGACGCGGCACCGCGGCACUCGCGUUCGCGCGACAUGGACACACCGACGCCGCCCUGUUCCGGCGCAUCGAGGCCGGUAUGAGCCAGGACUGCUCGGGAGAAGCCUUGUUUCGGGCCGCCUGGGGUAUGCACAUGGCGGGCGUGGACGUUGACGCCCUGCUGCGGAGCCGCGUCCUCACAUGCCUGCAGCAUAUCCAACAGUCGGACAGCCGUGCUACCGAAGUCUGGCGGGCGAUACUCCGCGACUCCGACCUCUACCACACCGCAUUCGGUCAAGCACGCAGCGAGCGCCAGCCGGAGAGCGCGAAUCCGGGCGCGGAAGGCGACGGAGGGAGCAGCGCGCAUUACACGCAAAACGUGACAUCAUGA